AUGAUAUCCUUGUUCCUGAGGAACCCGUCCUGGAUCCCCAUGAGCAUGGACCUCAGGAACCYGUCCCGGAUCCCCAUGAGCGUGGACCUCCUUUGCCGGGAUAUUGGGAUUAUAAAUGGGCUCAUGCUGAGCACCAGGAGGCUCUGUGGAGAGAGCGGAGCGGCCAUGCGGCGGCGCGAGGAGGUGGCGGCCACGCUGCAGGCGGCCAAGCUGAACGCGGCGGAGGAGCUGCGCGCGGGGCGCAGUUUAGUGAUCCGUGGUGAAAAGGACGAACAAGCAGUGUUGUGCAGCAAAGACAAAACCUACGAGAUGAAAAUAGCAGACACCUCCAAUAUGCUCCUGUGUGUUCCUGGCUGCAAAACUCCGGAGCAGCUAAAGGCGGAUGAAGAACCUUGUGACAUUAUUCAUGCCCAGAUUGCUGGCUUUUCCAAUAACUACUGGGAAUUAAGGAGAUGCCGACCUAAACUGAAGAAGCUGAGGAAGCUUUUAAUGGAAGAUCCAUAUGAGGGGCCAGACAGUGCAAAAGAUCAGGCUUCAAGUCCUUCAAGGUAUACAACAGAAGAUUUAUUAAACGUGGUUCAAGCAAGUGAAGACGAAAUAAUGCACCAGUUGCAGGUUUUAGAUGCCUGCCAAAUUGAAGGAUAUUGGAGAGUUCUAAGCUUUGACUACAAGGUAAAGCUCUUGAAUCAUGUGACUCAGCUCAUAGACUCGGAGUCUUGGUCUUUCAAUAAGGUCCCUUUAAAUAUCUGUCUUCAAGAGCUUGGACCUUUGGAGCCUACAGAGAUGAUAGAGCAUAUUCUGCUAAGCUAUGGAAGGAAAUAUACUGAUGGAGAGGAAGUUUACUUUGAAAUGAAUGAAGAUAAAAUAUGCCGAACUACAGCACAAAUGCUCUUACAAAAUGCAGUUAAAUUCAAUCUAGCAGAUUUUCAAGAAGUCUGGCAACAAAGUGUCCCUGAAGGGCUGACUACAAGGCUUGAUCAACUCAAGGGUUUGGCUCUUGUGGAUAAAAGCUCCAGACCAGAGACCAUCUGUCUGCUGAAAGUAGAAGACUUACCUGAAGAUAAUCAGGAAAGGUUCAACAGCUUGUUUAGCAUCCGACAAAAAUGGACAGAAGAGGAUAUURCUCCUUAUAUACAAGACUUAUGUGCAGAGAAGCAGACCGUUGGUACACUUCUGACCAAGUAUGCCCGUUCCUCCACGCUGAAUGGUGUCAAAGUUUACAAUUCUAGAAGACCCAUCUCUUGAGAAGCCUUGCUUUAAGAACUGGCGAUCCGGAAGGGAAUAACUGUUUUGCUCCUUGUGUUUUUAAGGAUGAAAGAGUCAUUAAUCAACUUUAUACAGUGUUCUCAAGUUAAAGCAGCUGUGUUUUAAGUGAGCCCUGUUUUCUACUUGGGAGUGGAAUUUACUUUUUUAAGGAAAGAAUAUUUUGUGUAGACUGUUUCCUUUUCCUUUCCCUGUGUUCUUUUCUCGUGAUAUAUGUAGUCACACCAGGAAGAGAACUACUUGAAUUUUCUUUAUCUAUGCAUAAAUAGAAGACUGACAUUAAAUCCAUUACCAUAGUAAUUGAAUAAAUGUUUUCAACAGCAAAAGCGGAAUGCUUAGUCCUUUGCCUAUCACUGAAUGUUCUUAAAAUUUCAUAUUUUAUAGCAAGUGUGACGUUUUGAAUGCUCUAUUCCUUGACAAACUCAUAAAUGAUUAUUCUUGACUGAGACUACAGUGGUCAUAAACAUGAAACCCCUUUUAAAAUUAUGUGAAUAACAUUUAGUGGAAAAGUAUGAAUGUUCAUUGGUGCACACACUUGACAUCUUAACAUUUGRUAAAAUUACCUUUUAAAUAUUGCAAAGAACAAUUUCAAAAUAAUUAGAUUUGUAAAAUCCAGUAUGAAGAUGUGAAAAAUUAUUUGCACRUUGUGUUACAUCCUAUAAACUACCAUUGGAAUGUAGUUCAUGUGAAAUUAAUGGUUUGUAGAAGAUUGUCUUUGCUUUAAAGACAACWUAUAAAAUGG